AGCAUGGACAGAAGCCAUCUGUGCCAAAGCUUAAUCAAAUGGCUAAACACAUUUAAUGUCACAGUUAAAAAUCAAACAGUAGAAGAUUUUAGUGAUGGUAUUGCAGUAGCACAAGUCCUGCGUCAAAUAGCUCCAGAUUAUUUUAAUGAAGCCUGGUUUAAGAAAUUAAAAGUUGAAGAUGAUUUAAACUGGAGGUUAAAAGUAAGCAAUCUUAAGAAAGUAUUAAAUGGAAUCUUGGAGUACAAUAUGGAGGUACUUGGCAUACAAAUUCAAGGUUUUCAAAUGCCUGAUGUCAAUUUAAUAGGUGAACAUUAUGAUAGUGUCGAAACUAGCAGAUUAUUACAGUUAGUGUUGGGAUGCGCUGUAAACUGUGCAGAAAAAGAAUCCCAUAUACACAACAUUUUAAAAAUGGAAGAAUCUGUUCAACAAAUGAUUAUGAAUGCAAUUCAAGAGCUGAUGUCUAAAGAAAUCUCAUCACCAACAGAAGCAGAUAAUGAGGUUGUAGAACAGUUGAAGAAGACAGUUGAAGAAUUGAACAGUGCCUUAGAAUCAAAAGAAGAACUAUUACAAAGAUGUCAUGAAUUAGACAUGCAGGUAGCAACAUAUCUAGAAGAGAAAAAUGCUGUACAGACAGAAAAUGAAAAACUGGUAGAAAGAUUACAUCAGGCUGAAAGUCUGGAUGACCCACGCACACCUGCAGGUAAAAGGUUACAAAAGUUGCAAAGUCAGUUGGAACAAGUACAAGAACAACUAUAUCAUGUUGAACAAGCACGAGACGACUACAGAAUUAAAUAUGAAGUAUCUACGAAAGAUUAUGAAGAACUAAAGGAAAAAAAUGCUGAAUUAUCACCAUUAGCUUCAGAAGCUAGAGCAUUAAAAGAUGAGUUGGAUUGUUUACGUGAUGCUGCUGAUCAAGCUGCCAAGUAUGAAUCUUCAAUAGAGACCUAUAAAAAGAAAAUAGAGGAGAUAACAGUUUUAAAAAGUCAAAAUCAAUCAUUAGGUGACCAAAUAACAAAAUAUAUACAAGAAAAAAUAGAAAUGGAAGAGUCAAUGAAAAGGUUUGAUUCAGUAAAACAACAAUUAGAUUGGUGUAAAAGACAAAAUCAUGAAUUACAAACUAAAUUAUCAGAUGAAACAAAAAGGGCAGACAAAAUAGAUUUUGAAUUGAAGAAAUCACAAGAAAAGAUGACCAUUUUACAGAGAGAAAAAGAGAGAAUUAUAGCUGAAAGAGACUCAUUAACUGAAAUGAAUGAAGAAUUAAAGUGUAUGCAGGUAUGCAAUGGUAAUAUCAAUAAUAUGGGUUCUACUCCUCAGGAAAUGGAAAUGAAAACCCAUGAUUUUCAUAGUGUUUUGAUUACUCAUAUGUUAUGUGUUUUUUGUUGUUUUUUCAGAGAGAAACUGUUACGACUUGAACAUGAAAAUAAAAUGUUAAAAUUGGGUAAUACUGAUCAAUUAACAGAACAAACAGAACCAUUACAAUUUGCUCUAGAAAAAACUAGCGCCAGGAAAAAUGAGUUAGAAACUGAUGUUAGGUUAUUAAAUCAAAGAAUAUUAGAACUAGAAGCUCAGGUCGAAGUUUUACAAGAAAAUGAACCCUCAGAUUCAGAAUUAACAGAAAUUAAAAAGAAAUUGAUACAACAGCAACAAAAAUUAGAAUCAAGUAAUAAUCAGUUAGAAGAACAGAAAAAUAAACAACUUUCAUUAGAAGAGAAAUUGACAGAAAAAGACAAGAAAAUGAAAGAUUUUGAAAAUGAAUUAUCAAAGAAAGAUGAAGAAAUGAAAUUAAUGGAAGAAAGAUAUAAAAAAUAUCUUGAUAAAGCUAGACAUAUCAUUAAAACCUUAGACCCUAGACAUAAAUCAAGUUCAAAUGAAACUCAGGCAUUACGUAAUCAACUAACAGAACGACAGAGAUAUGUUGAAUAUUUAGAGAAAGAUUUAGCUAAAACAAAGUCUAGAAUAGAUUAUGAAGAUCAGUUGAGAGUAUCAGCAUUCUAUUCAUUGGGGUGUCAACUACAACGUCAGGCGGUAGAACAAAGGUUAUCUACAUCCAGUGAAGGUGGCCAGUCAUUUUUAGCUCGACAACGUCAGGUUCAGUCUCGUAGACCAGCUAGUUUAAGUGCCAUAGUACCUAAUAAUACUGUGUAA